UUUACAGCACUAACAGGAGUACACAACACUGAAGCAAGUGUGUUCGCUGAAAUAUUAAGAAACUUGAGCAAGGAUGUCUCGCAGUGCUCGCCCACUUACUUCAGCACGCGUGCUCCACAAGAUUAAGGCGCUGACCACCCCGCAGAGCAACGAAGGAUUUGUGGUCAACCGGAAUCCCAGGAAUCUGGAGAGGCUACGCAUUGCGUACAAGCCCAGCGGCUACCACUUGGAGAAGCCGGGUCGUUCCUACUGGCACACGCUCGAGAUCAACACCAGCGGUCGUUAUGUCAGCGCCGACGUGAAGCACUACGAAAACGGCGUCAUUCUGAGCGCCAGCACCGCCGAAUGGGCCAUCAAACAACAGCUGUACAAGACCAACGACACCUCAGCGUUUGUGAAUCUUGGCCGUGUUCUGGCGCACCGAUGCCUUCAGUCGGGCAUCACUGAAAUGACAUGCAAUGUGGACGCUGUCGCCGGCAGCAAGCUUCAAAAAUUGCUCCAAACCCUGCAGGACAAUGGGGUGUCAUUCAAGGAGCCCACACGAUUGAAGAACAGCCAGCCCUGGGAUGCGUACAGACAGGAGAAGCCUUGGGAGGUUUCGGAGCAAUCAAUUCCGGCCACCCCAUUGCAAACAACCGCAACCAAAUCAAAACAAAAGUAAAAAUCGUUUGGUACUAGUUUUCGACUCGUUUAGAAUAAACGUUCAUUUUUAUGCUAAUUAAAACAAAA